AUGAAUAAUAAAAAUUUUCUAAAGAUAUUAUUGUUUUUAAUUUCAUCGUUGUUAAUUUAUUAUGUAAAUGCUGCUACCAUUAAUACUAUUAAUUUAAAAGAAAUUUAUAAAUUACAACAUAAUGAAUUUUAUGAAGAAUUAAAAAUUCGUAAUAUUUCCAUAAAAGUUCGUCAUGAAUUUGUUGAUUUGAUAAAUGCAAUAAGUUUUGAAGUUGAACAUUUAAAUCAUCUUGAAAUUAUUAAAGAUUUACCUAAUGUUGAUUCUGUUGAACCCAUAAUGAUACAUCAAGGCCCAAAAUUCAUAAAUAAAUCAAUCAAUCAAAAUAAUGGUUUAAACAAACGUGAUUGGAUUUCACAUGCACCUUUAAUAUUAUCAUCAAAAAUAGAUCUUAAUACGCCUCAUCAUAUGACAGGUGUUGAUUGGGUUCAUAAACAUCUCGAUGUUACUGGAAGAGGAGUAAGAGUUGGUGUUAUUGAUACUGGUAAAUUAUUUGCACAUUUUUUGUUUUAUUUGCUUUUAUACAUAAAACAAAUAGAUGAUAUGAAUGAAUUGAUCUUUGUAGGAAUUGAUUAUAGACAUCCAGCAUUUGGAGGAUGUUUUGGUCCAGGAUGUAUUAUCGGUGCCUUGGAUGAUGCAAGUGGACUUGUAGGUGUUGCUCCUGAUGUAACAUUUGGAGCAUAUAGAGCAAUGGAUUGUUCUGGUCAAGGUUCAGAUGAUGCACUUAUAAAAGCAUUGGAGCAAGCUUCACGAGAUAAUAUGGAUAUUGGAGGAAAUUUCUGGGCAUCAACACCAUUAUCAGACUCAAUAGGAAAAAUGAUAGAAUCAGGCGUUGUAGUGGCUGUAGCCGACGGUAAUAGUGGCCUUGAUGGUCUUUGGAAAACAAUAUCUUCAGCAUUUGGAUAUAAAUCAUUAUCGGUCGCUUCUGUUGAAAAUAGUCAUUUUUUGGGUUUUAAAGCACAUGAUAUAAAUGACAAUGAUUGUUCUCUAGAAUAUUUAACAGUAACAGCAAGGGCUUUACCAUUUGAUAAAGGAGAGGUUGUCAUGUUUCCGAAACAUUCAUGUCCUGAAGAUUUGUCAGUAUAUCAUAAUAAAAUACUAUAUCUUGAUUUAUCUUCCAAUAGCACAUCGAAGAAAGAUUGCCCUCCUCUUCCGCCAGAAUUUGUUGAUAAAUUAUUAGCAUUGAUAAUAUCAAAAGUUGAUUUAUUUGAUCCAAUUUUAGCAAAUUUCGACAUCAAAAGUUUAAAAUUACCAAUGGCUACGAUAUUAUCACGACAAGCAAAUAAAUUAGUAGAAAGAUUGAAAAAAAAUCCGGGUGGUUUAGAAUUUGAUUUUUCUGAUAAACGUGGUUAUAUGAUUCAAAGUCAUGUUGGUGGAACUGUAUCCUAUUUUUCAUCUUGGGGAUUAACACCUUAUCUAGACAUCAAGGAAAUAGCAGCUCCAGGUGGAAUUAUUUUUUCAACAUUUCCAAUAAAUCUUGGUAGUUAUGCAAAUUUAAUGGGAACGAGUAUGGCAACACCAUAUAUAUCUGGUGUAGCAGCUUUAAUAAGACAGGCCAAUAAAAUAGAAAAAAAUUCUCACCGUUUUAUUCAAAAGGCUUUAAUGAAUUAUGCGAUACCAGUUCACGAUCAAAUAUUCAAAAUAGUCCCACCAGUUUUAAGACAAGGUGCUGGAUUAGUAAAUGUUUAUAAUUCAAUUAGAGCUAUGGCGUUUGUUCAUCCAUUCAAACUUGCUUUAAAUGAUACAGUCAAUGGUAAAAAAGAUGGUUAUUAUGACCUUAGCAUUGAAAACUAUUGUGAUAAACAUUUGGAAUAUCGUUUAGUUCAUAUGCCAGCUGUUUCAGUAAAUGGUUAUGAUGGAGAGAAACAGUUAUUACUACAGGAAUUGAAAUAUCGUAGAGAAUAUGCAGUUGUAAAUUUUAAACGGGUGUUUAUUAAAAUUGAACCUUUUGGAAAAGAAAAAAUAACAUUAAAAAUAACACCACCAAAAGAUUUACCGUCAUCUGAACAUUGGUUUUAUAGUGGAUUUAUAAAAUUUGUUCCUGUAGAUAGCGAUGAUCCAAUUAUUUCUGUUCCAUAUGGUGCCGCAAAAACGUUACCAAUAUUUGCAAAACCAGAUUAUCCACAACUUUACUACGACUCUAAAUCAUUAUAUUUUCCCAAUGAAACAGCCACUUAUGGAAUGAAAAAUAAAACAGAUGCUCCAAUUAUAUUAAUAUCAUUAUCAACACCAACAAAAUUAUUACUUGUACAGGUACUAGAUGAAAAUCAAAAAUUGUUAGGUUUUGUACCUGGUAAAGGUGUCGGUGGGCUUUUAGCCGGAUAUAAUGAGUAUCUUACAAAAACUGGUUCACAUAAAUUUUUAAUAUUACUUUGGGCUGGCUCAAAAAAUAAUGCUACUAAUAGUGAUGAAGAUCCAGAAAUUUUACCAAACGGUGCUUAUCAUUUGAGAAUUCGUGCUUUAAGAUUGUUGGGUGACAUUGAUAAAGAAGAAGAUUGGGAAGUUUGGGUUUCUCCUAAGCUUAUUAUUCAAAGAGAAUAA